UUUCUUAUUUCAGGUCUCCUACCUCACAAACACAAGCUAAUUGUGGCUGGAAACCACGAUUUGGGCUUUGAUGAUAAGGAAGAUCUAAAAGGCCGACUGGAGCAGUACCGCGGCCAAGGAACACCCAAGGGCUAUCUUCUUCUCCAAAAUGUGACGUAUCUCCAUGACAAAGGCGUAGAGAUUGACGGCGUGAGCUUCUAUGGUUCAUCUUGGCAUCCUCUCUAUGGCUAUCCUUUCUACCGUCCGCGACCUCAGUUAGAGGAGAAGUGGAGACUGAUGCCAUCUGAUCUCGAUGUUCUUAUCACUCAUUCUCCACCUCUAGGUGAGUAA